AUGACUACUUUUAUUUUUACACUUUUUACCCUUUGCCUCCAUUGUGCUAUUUCUCUCACUCAAUCUCUAAACAAUGGCUUUAGUGUGGAACUCAUCCACCGUGACUCUUUUAAAUCUCCAUUCUAUAAUCCCUCUAAAACUCCAUUCCAAAGAGUUGCUAGUGCCGUGCAUCGUUCCAUCAAUAGUGCCAAUCGUUUCAACAAAGCCUAUGUUGGGAAUGUUGUCCCAAUAAACACAGCAGAAUCAACUAUAGUCCCAGACAAAGGUGAGUAUCUCAUGAGUUAUUCAGUUGGAACCCCGCCUUUCAAGCUUUAUGGUAUUGUUGACACCGGUAGUGAUAUUGUUUGGUUGCAAUGCCUACCUUGUGAAACAUGUUACAAACAAACCACUCCUAUCUUUGAUCCAUCAAAAUCCAAAACUUAUAGAACCAUACCUUGCUCUUCUUCUAAAUGUGAGUCAAGGUCACAAGGAGAUCUUAGCGUUGAAACUCUAACUUUGGAGUCCACAAGUGGCUCUCCCAUCUCAUUUCCAAAAACUGUGAUUGGAUGUGGACAUAGCAAUACUGUGUCGUUUCAGGGUCGAAGCUCUGGCAUAGUUGGUCUCGGAGGUGGAGCUAUAUCUCUUAUAACUCAAAUCGGUUCUUCAAUUGAUGGGAAAUUCUCCUAUUGUUUGGUGCCAAUGUUUUCAGCGUCUAACACCUCGAGCAAACUCAAUUUUGGGGACGCUGCUAUUGUUUCUGGAAAAGGAACUGUCUCAACUCCCAUUUUCCAUGGUGAUGUUGAUGUCUUUUACUACCUAACUUUGGAAGCAAUUAGUGUGGGAGACAAGAGAAUAGAAUUUGGAAGCUCUUCCUCUGAAUCUGUUCAAGAGGGAAAUAUCAUAAUUGACUCGGGCACAACGCUGACUCUAUUGCCAGAUAAUGUUUAUUCCAAUUUGGAAUCAGCGUUGGUGGAUGCGAUGAAAGAAGAGCGUGUUGAAGAUCCAAGUAAACAACUGAGCCUUUGUUACAAAAUUUCAUCAAAACAAUUAGAAAUUCCUACUAUCACUGCACAUUUUAAGGGUGGAGAUGUCACUUUGAAUGCUCUCAACAGUUUUGUUCAAGUUGCUAAUAGUGUUGGAUGCUUCGCAUUUUCCCCUUCUGAAACUGAUGCCAUCUUUGGGAACUUGGCACAACAAAACUUGUUGGUUGGCUAUGACCUUCGGAACAAAGUUGUCUCAUUUAAACCCACUGAUUGUACCAAGUUGUGA